AUGGGAAAUCGAAAUGGCAAAACUCGUACGACAAAAGGUCAAAAAGGUUGCCUGCUUAAACGCUCUAUAAAUGAGCACAAUAUACCAGUGCAUUCAGUCGAGGUGUUUCGAAUCAUAGCGCAGCAUUUGGGCUUUAAACGAAAAAAUACUCAAAUAUUGGAUGAUUACGAUGCAAAACGAAAUAAAAUGACAUCACCAAGUGGAUCAUCUUUUGACCUAUCACCUCCCAAUCCUGCAACUUUUUCAGUCACUUUUAAUGCUAAUCCACCGGAAGCUGAGCUGAAUGAUUUCAGUAGCUGCAAGGAUUCUAAAUAUAAAGCUGAUAAAAGAGUAUAUUCAAGAUGCCCAUAUAUCUCGAUAUCCUGUGGUAUGAGCUAUUGUGCUUAG